AUGGAAAUGGUAAAAAGGGAUUCCUUGUUCCUGAUAAGGACCGACAAGCAUCUUCCUCAUCUCAACUCCGUCAAUGCAGUCCUGAUCGACUACAGUGGUGUGACAUCUGCCCAUGGCAUUCCGCGAAUCAUCACCUCUACAUCGGUGAUGUCGAGGCUUUUUUGGAGUUUCGUAACUCUUGUCGCUUUGGGAGCGUUCCUGUGGCAAGGAAGCCUACUGCUCCUCGACUUUAGUAAAUACCCUUACACGACGCAGAUCGACGUGGUCGCUCGGACAGAGCUUCAGUUUCCUGCAGUCACCGUGUGCAACAUGAACAAGAUGAAACGCUCUGCCAUGGUCCACACUCGCUUCCAAAGCCUGAUUCAAGCCGAUCUGGGUGUGAACGGAGGUGACGCUGACUACUCCUGGUGGUUCGAUUGGUCAUCGCAGUGGUCUCAGGAGGAAGAGGAGGAAGAGGAGCAAGAGGAGCAAGAAUUAGCAUCGGCUUCUGCUCCUGAUACCGGAUCUAGUAGUAGCUAUGACUCGAGCUCUGACGCUCGGGAACACUAUAGCGAGCAGUACAAGUGGUGGGAUCCGGGUUGGAACACCGACGGUUUCGACUACCAGGAAUACGACUGGACAGAUGUGAGUGAUGAUGACGACUGGGAAGGGUUCUACAAACAGUCCACAUCAGAUGACUUCAGUGAUCUUCUCGAAGUUGUCAACCCGACAAGGGAAGAACUGAAGGUGAUGGGACACCAGGCGGAAGACUUCAUACUUCAGUGUCUUCACUUGACACUGUUCACUGAACAGCCGGAAUACGUGGGGCUCUUCGCCCAAGAGGCGGGGGUUCGAGUCGCCAUUCAUCCUCCUAACGUGUUCCCCUUCCCAGAGGACGAUGGGGUAGUUGCAUCGACAGGACAGGCAACAGAUAUCGGCAUGAGACAGUCUUACUUCAACCGGCUUCCCCAUCCCCAUGGCAACUGUACGGAAGGAACUCGGACUAUCUUCAUGUCGGAAGAAUAUGCUUACACCACCCGUGCGUGCGUCAAGUCCUGCGUUCAGCAACAGCUUUUUGACAAGUGCGGUCGAAAUCUAGCUCGAGUCCGGAUCUACUUUGAAGAACUCAACUUUGAGCAGAUGAUCCAGAAACCAAAGUACACGAUCGAAAGUUUGCUUGGCGGCAUCGGGGGUCUUCUUGGUCUUUACAUCGGUUUCUCUGUGAUCACCAUUUGCGAAGUCGGUGUCCUGGUCGUUGAUCUUGUCAAAUUCCUCUUGCGGAAGGCGUACAACCGCCGCGAGAAAAUCGUUCCCAUUGAAUUGAAAUGUUAA